GUGUUGGCCCUUGACAUCAACCACACCAGCCCAUCGGUGCUCCUGUUCUUCAACAACGAAAGGUAUUUAUUCAACGCUGGCGAGGGGAUUCAACGCCUCUUUCGUGAACACAAGAUAAAAAUCAGCCAGAUCAACGCCUACUUCAUCACACGCAUCACCACAGAGACCUUGGGGGGCCUGCCAGGCAUGGCGUUAUCCGUUCUUCCUGCGGACGCCGGGGGGCUCCUGAGCAAGCAGGUCGCAUGUGCCGUCAAAGGGCCUCCGGGGCUGUCCUCCUACGUGGCUGCGUUCCGUAACUAUAUCAACCAGGAAAACACCGUGGCGGUGGAGGAGUUCGACCACGCCACUUCGACGCCCGUGCUCCAGACGGAUGUGGUCAGCAUCACCCCCAUCCUGGUGCGGGUGGGGGAAACGAACAUCUCGUCGGAAGGUCCCCCUGUGGCCGCAGAUGGGGACGGAGACGGAGAGGGCGACGGCGGUCCGGCCGCCAAGCGGCAGCGCACGGAGCCCUCCUCGACGGCAAAUGAGCAGGACUCUCCUGGUCGUCAGCGACCCGCGGGUCUGUCGCAUCCGGAUAUCGCGAUAUACGCCAUCCAGCUGGCGGGGCGGCCGGGCAAGUUCAUGCCGGAGAAGGCUAUUGAGCUGGGGGUGGAACCGGGGCCUUUGUUCGGUCAGCUGCAGCGGGGCCUGUCCGUGACCACCAAGUCAGGUCGCGUGGUUAGCCCGGGGGAGGUGAUGGAGGCCGCAGUGCCCGGGCCGGCAGUGCUGCUGCUGGAUACACCCUCGCUGGAGAGCCUCAGGGCGGUGGCGAAGGACGAGCGAGUACGGCGCUUUGUGGCAGACGCGACGGCCGGCGAAGGCAAUGACGGCAAGGCGGCGGUCGCUAGCGGCGGCAGCCCUAGGGUCUGUGUUGCUAUACACCUGAUGCCAGCUGAACUGGCGGUGAAUGGGGCGGAGGACCUGGCGGCGUGGCGGGCGCAGCUGGGGCCGUCAUGGCGCCAUGUCGUGGUGAGCUCGGGGGCCCAGCAGCCCAGCAGCAUCCCCAGGGCCACAGUCUUCCAGGCCAAGCUGCACGCCCUUAGCGCGGCCUGUUUCCCGGUCUUUGCGCUGGGGAAUGCGGUGGCGCCGCCGCCGGUGGCGGAGGCGGAGCUAGAUCCCGGCAGCGUCAUUCAGGCGGCGAGCGCCGUGCGGGUCAAUCUGAUGCCGCUGACGCGACUUGGCCUGGAGUACGGCGAUGUGUUCAAGUAUGAUAGCUCGUCAAAGGUUCUGGAGGAUGUUCGUGCAGACCCCGCCUACGCGCCCAUCUUGGCGGCGGCAGCAACAGCGGUGCCGGGGGAUUCGGCGGCAGCGGCGGCCGAUGGGGGUGCGAAUGGCAAGAAGACGGAGGCGACGGGGAUGGCAGCGGCAGAUGUGGCAGAUGCGGCAGUGGAGGGGGCGGGUGUGGAUACGGAUAAGACGGCAGCGGAGGCGGUGGAGGCGACGGAAGUGAUGGAGGUGGAGGUGCCGGAGGCUCGGCCUGCGCUAGCGGCCGAUCAGCCGGUCCCGGAGCCGCUGACCAGCGGUGACAGGCGUAUGGCCGAGCUGACCUUCCUGGGCACCGCCAGCUCCCAGCCGUCCAAGUACCGCAACGUGUCGGGCUGCUACGUGGACCUCUUCGAGGCGGGCGGCCUGCUGGUGGACUGCGGAGAGGACGCCAUGGGGCAGAUGAAGCGCCGGUUCGGGGUGCAGGAGGCGGAGCGCCGCCUGGGCGAGCAGCUGGCGGCCGUGUGGUGGCGCGCGCGGCGCGGCGCACCGCCGCUGCUGAUCAUUGGCCCCACCAGCCUGUUUGAAAUCCUGCUGCGGUACAGUGCGGUCGUGCCGAUGCAGUUCCUGUUUUGCCGAAAUGUAUCGUUGUGGGGGGGGCGUGUUGGCGCGCGGGGGAUGAGUGUGAUGCCGAAGGCGGUGGCGGCAGCGUACGAGGCAGCGAAGGAGCGGCUGGGGCUGGCGGCGCUGGCUCCGUUCCCUGUGGAGCACAUCAAGGACGCGCACGGGCUGGUGCUGGAGGGACGUGCGGGCUGGCGGCUGGUGUUCUCGGGCGACACGCGGCCGUGCCGGCAGACGGUGGAGGCUGCCAGGGGGGCCACGCUACUGGUGCAUGAGGCCACGUUCGAGGAGAGCAUGGAAGGGGAGGCGCGGGCCAAGCGGCACAGCACCACAGCGGAGGCGGUCGGGGUGGGCGAGGAGGCUGGUGUGUAUCGUACUGUGCUGACACACUUCAGCACUCGCUAUCCCACUCUUCCGGAGCUGGAUCUCAGUCGGCACCCCCGUGUGGCGGUUGCUAUGGAUCUCAUGUCGAUUAACCUGGCAGACCUACCCUGGCUGCCUCGACUGGUGCGACCCAUGGGCCUGUUAUUUAAGCACCUUGAGGCGGAGAAACUAGCAGCGGAUGACGAUGAUGAUUGA